CGGCAACGAGAUCUCAUCCAUUUGCAAAGUUUGCUCAGAAACCACUGCAGAGAAAUCAACCGCAGGAAAGCCAAGUCCGUGUUCUAGGGGAAUGUCGUUUCAGAUGAGCUUCAUCCUCGGAUUUGCAACUUCGUUUAUGCUGAUCACUGCCUGCGUCGUUUUCGCUCCUCGUUUUCCAAGCCAUGUGAAUCCGGCGUUCAAAGCCUUCAACAUUCUGUACACCUUGGCAAAGGCUGAUGGCAAUGAUGAAAAGAUUGCCGGCAAGGAGCCGCGAGAGGACUUGAAAGCUAUGCAGAUUCAAGACCUUGAAGCUCGAAAUUCUGCGCUGGAAGCAAAACUACAGCAUGAGAAGGCAGCAGUAGAGAAUUUGCAGAGGCUGUUGGAAGAGAUGCGCCAAAGGAAUGAUCAAUCUCGCAUGGAACGAGAUCAGUCGGCAAGAGACUUGACUUCCCAGGCUUUGGAUCUGCACUACACUAAGCAAGAGCUCGAAGAGAUGAGGAGCAAGGUUCAGCAACUAGAGCAGCUUUCGGUACAAUGGCAGGCCGAAAUGGAAGCAGCAGAAAAGAAGAUCUACAAGGUCACCAGGGAGAAAGCUGCGGCGGAGAAGGCUGCAGAGGUGCUGGAAGAAGAAGUCAAUGCCGUUCGAGGGAGGCUUAAGGACAUGGAGCGAGCGAACCAGAGGGCGACCAACAGCCCUCAACUGAGCAGAGCGAGGGGAUACGAAGAGCGAGCAAGAGAGCGUCUUGACCUGAAGCAAUUGGCUGUGGGGGACGAGGAACGUCUCUUCAGCGCCUUCGAUGCCUCCAAGUCUCCUGCGCUGUCGUCCACCAAGUCCCCGCCGCGACCUGGACUCUACUUCGGUUCAGAGACAGGAGGAGGAAGCAGCACGGCCGAGACAUCACCUGCCGACGGUCGCUACUUCCCUGGAAGAUACUUCUCGAGCACGUCCCAGGCGAUCGGAGAGCAGAGGAGCCCCUUCUGCCGCUCCACCAGCUCGGACAUGAUGCUGCAGCACCUCGGCGAGCCGUUGGGCCUGCCGACGAGCAUGGGAGGCGACUUGGAGGGAGAGGGCCGCAUGCAGAGGAUAUGCUACGCAGGGGAUGAGCCCUGCCAGACUCGUGCGAGAGGACGAAGAGGGGGGAGGAAGCAGAAGAAGUCGAUGACGCCUGACUCGUCAGGAGGUCGGGGAGAGCUGGAGUCAUCCAUGGAUACGACCGACGACCUCGCUACGUCCAUGGCGCUCGCAGCCUUAGAAGAGACUCCCUGAACUUUCUCGAAGACGCUCUCCCUUUUGCUCCACCAUCUUCGCCCCCUCCCUUUCCCUUCGUUUUUUCUUCACCCCACACGUCCUGGUGCUAUUAUUUAGAACACAAACGCAGUAGAUCUUACGGACCAUGUAAACAAAAUCUGCUGUUAGAGAAACAA